GUACGAGACUUUCGGGAGGCUCUCGACAAUGCUCCCAUCUUUUCUCGUGCCAAUGCUCUGUCAUUUGUAUAUCGUUCGAAGAGGAGACACUACACUGUAUCUGACGCUGCUUCCCACCGGUACGUGCUUCUAUUGCUGCCCCAUCCAGUUGAAUCGGGACGUCCAAUUUCUAUUGUAUACCAGGCGGAAUCCAACGUAUCCGAAUGUAUUGGAUUUUAAUGAUGCCACAACGCUGCGGAAGAGUAAUUUCAACGUUAAGCACCCAACUAUCAUUUACAUUCACGGAUACAGCGAUAGUAGCUCGGGAACAGGUCCCAUUAGUAUACGAAAUGCUUAUCUCCGUCGUGGGCACUAUAACGUGAUAUUGAUACAUUGGCCUAAACUGGCGGUCUUACCGUGGUACAUAUCUGCAGUGAGAAACGCCAAAGUCGUGGGACCUUACUUAGCGCACAUGAUAAGUUGGCUCGACGCGCAGAAAGCUGUCAGCCUAUCCAAAAUUCAUGUGAUCGGCUUUAGCCUGGGCGCGGAAGUUGCUGGCUUUAUGGGGAAGGCACUGGCACCUCGAAAGAUAGGUAGAAUCACCGGAUUGGACCCGGCUUAUCCGUUGUACAUGGACACCGGGGAGGACGGUCACUUGACAUGGGCGGACGCAGUCUUCGUCGACGUCAUUCACACGGACGGCGGCAACUUCGGGUUCCCUCAUCCACUGGGUCACGUCGAUUUUUAUCCGAACGGCGGCGUGAGACGGCAGCCCGGCUGCGAUUUGAAGAGCAUCGCUCGCAUCGUUCGCAUGGGCUUCAGGAAACUCAUAAAUCAAUACAUUACUUGCGGACACAACCGAGCCUGGCGUUAUUACGCGGAAUCAGUGGAGAAUCCCUACGGAUUUCCCGCGAGUCGAUGCCCAAAAUGGCGACCCGGGAUUCUGGCGAACUGCGCGUGGAAACCCGAGGCCCACAUGGGUUACGCGUGUAAUUCCAAGACUCGGGGAAAAUUUUACUUAAGCACCAACCCACAAUCGCCGUUCGCCAGUAAUUUGACAAGUCACAGACAUAACAAAUGAGACUCGCGGCAAUCUUGAUUUGGAUGAACCAGAUUAAGAAGCGAAAGAGAUUUCCAUGAUGAUUCCAUGAUAAUCGCUUCUGCCAGGAUAAUUGUCUGCCAGGAUAAAGCUUGAUACUGGAAGAAUAUAAGAAAUUUUUUUUAAAUUCUUACACUGUAUGUUCGCGAGGAAAGUUUCUGUAUUCCUGUCACCUUUCAGUAUUCUCUGUAAACGAUUUGUCGCCUCAAUUAGCGUUAUUUUUUUUUCUUUGGAGGAUUACUAAGGUGACAAUGGAAGUACCUUUUCUUCCGGAAUAACAAACAAACAAGUUCCGUGAUGGAAUGUGGUUUGGUGUAGCGACGAUGUCGAAAAGCCUGAAUUGAAUUGCGAUAAGUUGAAGGGAAAACAACUUGUGCCGAGCACACUGUUUUAAUGUCAAACACCGCGAUCUCGUGCCAGAUAGCAGCGCAUUGUUUACAUAUUUAUCGCUCCGACUCGAGACUUUAAUUGUCAAUGAUAUACAAGUAAUGGUCACAUAACAUGACUAUACAGUUGUUACGUUCGUAAUACAGGUGAAAUACGUGACCGAAACUUUGCAACAGCGGAACGUGACUUGCAGAAUACUUUUACAAGAUAAAUGAUAUGUUGGGAACGAGUCCAGAUUUUUGCAGGAACAUGUAUUUAACGAGAGUCGACUUGUAAAAUUAUUAAUGUUGUACCUUUUAUAUAUAUGGUAUCUUUUAUGAAAGCGUGAAAAGUUAUGUGCAAGCUCCAGUGUAUUGACAAUGUCAAUAUAGCUCGAAUGAAUGUUUGUUUUUAAUUGACUGUAUUAAAAUAUUAUAUCUAUAUACCUUUUAAGAACGGCGAUUUUAUUUGACGUAGAAAAAGUAUGGAAUUGCGUAAAACAAAAUGUCGGAAUAAGAACGCUAAUAAUCGAGAGAGCAACUCGCAAUUUUCGUGCUAUUUCCAAUGCACUCCGCCUUCGAGAUAUGCAAAUUUCAAGGCCAAAGAAUUUUAUUAUUUUCCAUCCGAGGUAAUCGAUGAGAAAAUCUCAGAAACCAUGUGCCCUUCGAAUAAGGGGGAGCACGUGCUCAUAUUAAAAAUUACAAGUGACAGCUUGCGGAGAAUACCAAUGGAAAAAAAACUAGGCGCA